AUGAUAUUGGAUGGUGAUUUGCUCGCAGGAGUGGACCCAGAUGAACUGUGGGAUGACACAUCUAUUCCACAGGAAAAUGAAUACAAACAAAGUGAUGAAAAUCUUCGUAAUGAAAAGAUAGAUCAAGAUGAAUUUGAUGCUUUACUUGAAGAAGCGGAAGAAUUUAUUGAAAACUAUGAUGAUGAGCACAUGGAAAAUAUCAAAGAACAGACAGAAGACAGGAGUGUUGCAAGUAUUUAUGAACGAUUGAGACGGAGAAAUGAUGAUGAUAAUUCCGAUCAAGAUCCCAAUCCAAAUGACAAAAUAUCAGAAUGA